AUCUCUGAUUCUACCUUUAAACAGUAAACAUAAAACCUCACAAGAUAUCGACUGUAAAAGUUUAAUGAGCAAUUACACAUGUAACAGGAACAAUAGGAAGUUCUGGAAAUUGGAAAUUACCGCAAAUAUUGUUGGCAGAGAUUUACAAUGCUGGCAACGGUUCAUGUUUAGGAAAACACAUAAGAUAUCUGGAAUUCUAAAUUAAAUAAAGAUAUGAAGUAUUUACAUAGCUGUCCGUUUACAGAACCUUGUUCAUUUCAUUUGAGAACUGACAGGUGUUUUCAAAGAUAAACAAUAUCUUCAGCAUCUCGAUUGUUUACACAUGUUCUUCACGUAAAUUAUUAAAACAAAAUGGAAUCCAGCGUUGAUGUCGUGGACAGGUGCAAUGUUUUCGUGUUUGGUGGAACGUUUUCUGACAGACAAGAUUUAACCCGAGUGACCUUAAGCGAGUACAAUAAAGAUCAUAUAAGUACAUCGUCUAACUCCAGGGACAUAAAUGAUACAGCCGUGUUUGUUGAUGAGGAGGUCGAAAUUUAUACAUUACCACUUAGCCAAAAAGCAAGUUGUGAAAUUUGGAAUUUUUCGGACAAAGAGCUCAGCCAAGGAAUAUCUCAACUAUUUAUAAACCAGUAUGCCAUUGUUAUCAUCAUAGUUCGUAAUGAAGACAUUACAGCAACGGAAAAGAUUGCCAAACUAUGGAGAAAUUUUGCUUUCAAGGGCAUUCAACAUGUAAUUAUCACGAAUGUAUCGCAAAAUUCCACGUCGGAUGUCAUUCAGCAAACAGUACAAACCUUUGAAGUUCUUGAUGAAAGUCUUAACACAUACAAGCAAAGUCAAUCCCAAGUUAACAGACUUUCCAGAUCUUACCACAAACUACAUACGACCAAAGAAAAGGGUUUUCUGACAAUAUUAACUACACUUUUAAGAGAAGAAAUAGAAAACAUGAUUACAGAAAAAGAUGAUUUGACAAGACUAAAGAAUACGGUGUUGAAACAAAGAAAGGAUGUUGUGUUUAGUUCUACACUUGAAUAUAACAAUAUUGUGACACCAGCUGAAAUUGGAAAUAUAUUGAACAGUUUAACCGCGCAGGGAGUAAUACUCAAACAUGGAUGCUACCAUAGCGACGAAGGCGAAUUCAUCUGUGUGCAUCCAAAGCUGUUUCUAAAACUUGUCUUUGCCAUUCAUAUUGACAGCUGUAACAAGACAUUUCAUAUAGCACCAAACAGAUUCUGGCAUCAAGACAGACCAAACAGGGAGUCUUUGGUCAAAGUUUUAGAAGACAUUCCAAUAAAUGGGUUACUUAUACAGUGUCUUCUACCACUACUAUGGCAGCUGAAGUCAACAGACAUAGACAAUUCACCCAAGUUUUAUAAAAUGAUGUGGAAGUGUUUAUGUGAAUAA